ACUAGUGAAAUCAAAUCAAUGUGGUCUGAACAGACCGUCUGAUACAGGUUUUAAAACAUUGAUUUUUGACCAGCCUGGGUGGGAUUCAAGUGAGCUGCAACUGCCAAAUAGCCCUGCAAGUUCUCUGCUCCCUACAGAGUGCUGUAGUGUUAUUCAUCAUUCCUUAACGAAAGAAAGAAGUUCUGGAUCGCUUCCCUCUGCCUGUGAGCACAAAUGUCUCAAUUUAAAAGGAUGCUUUAAAGCUUCUCUGUGUAGUAGCUUCCCUAAGAAAGGCAUGGCUUUGUCCUUAAGGCCUUAUAUGAGAAGAUUUUUUAGAGUCUCAAGCUCUGCUUCUACCGAGUGCAGAGACCUAUUGAUUGCAUAUUCAGGCCCAAAUGACUUAUCUCUAAGAACCCAACUCCUUUCUCCCAUAAACAUGCUUGAAAUCAACUCCCAAUUGAAGUAUCUGGUCAAAACCGAUCGCUUGCGGGACGCCCGCCAAAUGUUUGAUAAAAUGCAUUCCAGAGACGAGAUUUCAUGGACCACAAUUAUAUCUGGAUACGUCAACGCCAUGAACACCACUGAGGCCUUAACGUUGUUUUCUAAAAUGUGGGUUGAGCCAGGACUCCACAUGGACCCCUUUAUCCUAAGCCUUGCACUCAAAGCUUGUGGGCUUAGUUUGAGUACAAGUUUUGGUGAAUCAGUGCAUGCGUAUUCGGUAAAAACCGAUUUUGUUAACUCAGUUUUUGUGGGGAGUGCCCUUCUGGAUAUGUACAUGAAAGUUGGUGAAAUUGAACAAGGUUGUACAGUCUUUCAUGAGAUGCCUACAAGAAAUGUAGUGUCCUGGACUGCAAUUAUAACAGGGCUUGUUCAUGCUGGUUACAGUAAGGAGGGGCUGGUUUACUUCUCUAAAAUGUGGAGAUCAAAGGUGGUCUGUGAUUCCUACACAUUUGCUAUUGCAUUAAAGGCAUGUGCUGAUUCAGGUGCUUUGAAUUAUGGGAGAGAGAUUCAUUGUCAAAUAUUGAAAAGAAGCCUCGAAGCAAGCUCAUUUGUGGCCAACACUCUUGCUACGGUGUACAACAAAUGUGGGAAAUUGGACUAUGGUUCACAUUUGUUUGAAAAGAUGACCAUAAGGAAUGUGGUUUCCUGGACAAUGAUAAUAACGACAUAUACUCAGAUAGGUCAAGAGGAAAAUGCUCUUAGAGCAUUUAUAAGAAUGCAAGAAAUAGGUGUCAGGCCUAAUGAAUACACUUUUGCAGCAGUCAUUUCUGGUUGUGCCAAUCUUGGGAGAAUUGAAUGGGGUGAACAAUUGCAUGCCCGCAUGUUAUCUCAGGGUCUAAUGAGUUCUUCUUCAGUGGCCAAUUCCAUCAUGACCAUGUAUUCAAAAUGUGGACAGUUAAUUUCGGCUGCAAUGGUGUUUCAAGAGUUGACUAGAAGAGAUACUGUUUCGUGGAGCACAAUAAUUGCAGGAUAUUCUCAAGAAGGGUAUGCAGAAGAAGCAUUUGAAUAUCUAUCAUGGAUGAGAAGGGAAGGGCCAAAACCAAAUGAGUUUACUCUUGCUAGCGUACUGAGUGUUUGUGGAAACAUGGCAAUCCUUGAGCAAGGGAAGCAAUUGCAUGCACAUAUAUUGCAUGUUGGGUUAGAAGAAACUGCAAUGGUCCGAAGUUCAUUAGUCAAUAUGUAUUCCAAAUGUGGAAGCUUAAAGGAAGCUUCAAAAAUCUUUGAUGAGGCAGAAAAUGAUGAUAUUGUGUCAUGGACAGCCAUGAUUAAUGGAUAUGCUGAACAUGGAUGCAGCCAGGAAGCCAUUGAUUUGUUUGAGAAAAUUCCCCAGAUUGGUUUGAGACCUGAUCCUGUGACUUUUAUUGGUGUUCUUACUGCUUGUAGUCAUGCUGGACUAGUUGAUCUCGGCUUCCAUUACUUCAAUUCAAUGAGUAAUGAAUACCAAAUUUGCCCCUCAAAAGAGCACUAUGGCUGCAUGAUUGAUCUCCUUUGCCGAGCUGGACGAUUAAGUGAAGCAGAAAGCAUGAUUAAAAGCAUGCCAUUUCAAAAGGAUGAUGUUGUUUGGUCAACUCUUCUUAGAGCAUGCAGGGUCCAUGGUGAUGUUGAUUGUGGAAGGCGUACUGCAGAGAAGAUUCUUGAAUUAGAUCCCAAUUGUGCAGCAACUCACAUUACCUUGGCCAAUAUGUAUGCUGCCAAAGGAAGGUGGGAUGAAGCAGCAAAUGCAAGGAAGCUGAUGAAAGUAAAAGGGAUAAUUAAGGAGCCAGGGUGGUCAUGGAUUAAGGUCAAGGAUCGAGUUUCUGCAUUCAUGUCUCGUGAUCAGUCUCAUCCACAGGGUGAAGAUAUAUAUAGCAUGCUGGAUUUACUAGUCUCCAAGGCACAAAAGCCUGUCCUAGAAAUAGAUCCUCUUCUAGAUGAUGCCAACCAUUAGCAAAGGUGAAUCAUGCACCACCAUUGGAUGUAGAUUGAAGCUAAUUUUAACUUAUGCAGUCACUUUUAUGAGCUGCGUAUCAUAAAAUAUGGGAAGGAGGUUAAAUCUGGUUGAUAUAGAUCGCAAAAGGUAGCUAUAAAGCUUACUCAUAUGAUUACAAAGAUACACAAAUGAUAGAUGGGACAAAGUUGAGGUGUGCAGGAUCUUCUUAUGGUGUAGCAUGCACGAAUUGUGGUUAUGUUCAUAUUAAACGAGCCGUUGAUCUUACGAGGUAGCAACAAACGUACAUUUUGCUGAUGCAGGUCACAAAUGAUAACUAGAAGCUGAUUUUUGUGAUUAAAGAUGUAGCAGAUGAUGGAUGAUGAAACUGAGUUGCUGAUGCAUCUUAUCAUGUGGUAUGUAGUGCAAAGUAUGUUUAUGUCCUUAUAGAGAGAAUCUACAAAACAUAGAUGGAUUGCAUCUUUCUUGGCGGCAGACAACUAUGAGCCAAUCAGAAAGCAUAACCACAUGCCAAUGAUGCAUUGAUAUUUGGGACACAUGAAUUUGUAGGUUAUAUUUCUUCAUUGAACUUGUGCAAUUAGAAGGAUAUUUUUAACAUUGAGAACUUCUGAUCUUCAGGUGAUAUUGUAUGCAAACAGGGUUUGAGACUUGAAUGCAUUUUGGCAAUUCAAUCAUAUUGUUUCUGAAGGAUAACUUCUCUUUUAUGGUGUAUAUUCGAAUGAUUAAAUUAUUCAUCUUAUGUUUGGGAUUCAAAAAGGGAACACCCUAGUUGGAACAUUUGGUUGUUCCAUGAAGUUGAAAUCCUGAAGUUGGGGUUGGGGUUUAUUGAACAGGAGAGAGUUACCCUCCACCGUCCAGCCCAUUUAAUGGAAAGAAGGGAGAAAAAGUGAUACUAAAGGAAGUGGAGGUGUGAAAGGUAAAAAUUGGAAGUAGAAGAGUUAUGAUGAAUGAGUUCAAAAAGAGUUGUGAUAAAGAAGUGUAGCCUUCAGUUCGUUGUGGGCAUAGUUUUAUUUGAAAGUUGUCUUCUCCUUGGCAUUUUUGCACAAGCUCUGGAAUUCCAAAAUUUUCGAAGAUAUUGCGUAGUUACUGAAACAACAAGAUCAAUACUGUUAAAGAAAGGACAGCACAGUUUUACUGAAAUCUUCGGGGUUCUUUUCUGAUUUACAGGAGGACGACAUUCUUUGUACGUAACACAUAGCUGAGGCAGAUUGUAACAUUGAAUGUAUUUAAUAUGGUAGGAGUGGACCCUGUGGAACCAUAUAGUAACUUUUGCAUUGAAGUUUCCUUCGUAUUGAUAUGCAUUAAUGCACCAUUUUUUUUAAGUCUAUGAUCUCCGUUGUAAUUUACUCAAUUGUGAAUUAUAUCUUGCAAUUA